AUGAAACAACAGAUGGGGACUAGGGAAGAGCCGGUGACUUGGGCCAACUUCAGGACUCGAUUCUUGGAGAAAUACUUUCCAGAUACAGCUAGACAGGACAGGGAGGAUGAAUUCCUUGCAUUGCAUCAAGGGGACAUGACAGUGCAUGAGUAUGUAAACAAGUUCGAGCAUCUGGCGAGGUACUACUUGCAGUACAUCACCGAGGAGUGGAGGUGUUUGAAGUUUGAGCGAGGACUCAAACAUGAGCUGAAGAAGGUGGUAACACCUCUGAGAGAGAGAAGGUUCCCAGUCUUGGUGGAACAGGCCAAGAGUGCUGAACAACUGGAGAAAGGCCCUAGUCCAAUUGUCCGACAUCAGAGCUAUGUCGCAGAGGCGAAGCAGAUGAAAAAGCCUUACAGCCAACCACAGAUAUCUCAGGGUCCCACUUGCUACCAGUGUGGCAGACCCCAUUUGAAAAGGAAUUGCCCAAAGCUGACAGUGUUGGUGUUGUUCAAUUCUGGAGCAACACAUUCUUUCAUUGCUAAUGCGUGUGUGGGGAGAUUGAAUCUGGUGAAACGCGAUUUGGGGUGUGAGUUGCUUGUUUCAACUCCCUCCUCGGGUCCAGUAGCUACCAGUUCAGUCUGCGUUGGUGUUCAAUGGAAGUGGAAGGUCACAGAUUCAAGUUUGGUAUUCCCAGAACAUGAGGGAUUGGAGUUAAUCUCAGCCCAGAGAGCGAUAAAUGAAGUGGAAGCUAGAGCCACCUAUUUUAUGAUAGUCGCUCAUACAGAGAAGAAUAGCACCGUUGAGAAGAUCAGUGUAAUUCCAGUAGUGGAGGAGUAUGCCAAUGUGUUUCUAGAUGAAAUACCAGAGUUGCCACCGAGUAGGGAUGAAGAUUUCACCAUUGAUCUUAUCCUUGGAGCUAGCCCAAUAUCCAUGGCACCCUAUAGAAUGGCAUCAGCGGAGUUGGCUGAGUUGAAGAAGCAAAUAGAAGACUUGUUUGAGAAGAAGUUCAUCCGGCCGAGCGCAUCACCUUGGGGAGCACCAAAGACGGCGUUCAGGUCACGCUACGGACAUUAUGAGUAUGUAGGGAUGCCGUUCAGGGUGACCAAUGCUUCUGCUAUUUUCAUGGACUACAUGAACAGGAUAUUCCGACCGUACCUGGAUCAGUUUGUUGUCAUGUUUAUUGAUGACAUAAUGAUAUACUUUGAGAGUCGGGAUGAACACGCAUAG